AUGGAGAAGGCGCAUGCUGGGGAAACGGCAGGGGGGAGGGGGGAGGGCUGGGGAAAGGACGGGGGGUGGUGCCUGGGUCGGGCUGGGGAAAUGGUAGAGGGGGGUGGCGGGAGGAGAAAGGGCAGAGGUUGGCGGGAAGGGGUCGCGCUGGGGCAGGGCAGGGGAAGGGUCGCGGCAGAGGGGGUGCGGGGGAGGGGGUCAUCAAGUUGGGAAAGGGCAGGGGGAGUGGCAGGAGGAGGGGGUGGCGGGGCAGAGGGGGGUGGCGGGGGAGGGAGUGGGAAGGCAGAGGGGAGGAAAAGGGGAAAGGGUGGAGAGGGGUGGCGGGAGAAGGGGGAAAUUCUUGCACAAGAACACUUUCAACUACGAAGUGGGUUGAAUGAGCAACAGCUACAAGUGUAUAAUGCAGUCAUUCAUGCUGUUGAUUAUGGUCUCGGUGGUCUCUUUUUUGUUUAUGGUAGUGGAGGAACAGGAAAGACUUAUUUGUGGAGAACUAUAAUUGCUCGAUUACGUUCACAAGGCAAAAUAGUUUUGGUGGUAGCAUCUUCUGGUAUAGCUUCUCUAUUGCUGCCUGGUGGAAGGACAGCUCAUUCGAGAUUUAAAAUUCCUAUAAUUAUAGACGGUGAUUCUACUUGCGCAAUAUCACAGGGAUCACAAUUGGCUGAGUUAAUUUGUAAGGCAUCAUUGAUUAUUUGGGAUGAAGCUGUAAUGUUACAUCGAAAUAUUUUUGAAGCGGUUGAUAGAACAUUUAGGGAUAUCUUACGCUUUCAUGAUCCUGACUCUGAGCACAAAGUUUUUGGUGGCAAAACUAUGUUACUUGGUGGUGAUUUCAGGCAAAUUCUUCCUGUUGUACCCAAAGGGGGUAGAACUGAAAUUGUUGCUUCAUCAAUUAAUCGAUCUUCUUUGCUUUGGGGUCAUUGUCAUUUAUAUCUAUUAUCUUUGAAUAUGCGUAUACGAGGUAAUGACAUGCAUUCAGAUUCUGUUGAAAGUUUAGAAGAAUUCAGCAAAUGGAUUUUAGAUUUGGGUGAAGGAAAAUUACCAGCUAUUUCCUUUGAUGAUGAAGACGAAUCUACUUGGAUAGAGAUUCCUGAUGAUCUACUCAUUCCUCAGGAUACUGACUGCAUACACCGCAUUAUUGAUAGUACGUAUCCUGAUCUAUUGGCUAAUUAUAAUAAUGCUUCAUAUCUUCGCAAUAGAGCUAUUCUUGCCCCGACCAAUGAUGUUGUUGAUGAAGUAAAUUCUGUUAUUCUAUCAUCCAUUCUUGGCCAUUCUAGGAUAUACUUAAGUGCUGAUAGAAUCUGUCCCACCUCUGAUUGCGGACUUGAGCAAGCUUCUUUAUACCCGGUUGAGUUUUUGAAUACACUUAAAUUCUCUGGAAUUCCAAAUCAUUCAAUUGAGUUAAAGGUUGGAAUUCCAAUUAUUCUGCUACGCAAUAUGAAUCAGAGUCGGGGUCUAUGCAAUGGUACACGGUUGAUAAUUACAAAUCUGGGAGAUAACAUCAUAGAAGCUGAAAUGAUUACAGGGUCAAGUAUAGGGACAAGAUUUUUCAUUCACAGGAUUGACAUGACUCCUACGGAUUCAAAAUGGCCUUUUGUGAUGAUUCGACGUCAGUUUCCUAUUAAGGUUUGUUUUGCUAUGACAAUAAAUAAGAGUCAAGGCCAAACUUUUGAUAACGUUGGAGUGUACUUGACAAAACCUGUAUUUAGUCACGGCCAAUUAUACGUUGCUGCUUCUCGAGUAACCUCCCGUCAAGGAUUGAAGUUUUUGAUCAAGGAUGAUCGAAAUCCGGAAAAUCGUCGUACAAGAAAUAUUGUUUAUCGAGACAUAUAUGAUAAUUUACACAUUGGUAUAGGUUAA